AUGUCAGCUCACGCUGUCGCACAGUCGCUUACCGUGAAUUGGAUCGCACGAUUCGGCGUCCCCGACAACAUCACCACCGACCAGGGAAGACAGUUCGAAUCCGACUUAUACCGCUCUCUUUUUUCAACAUUCGGUAUUCAACACUCGAGAACUUCACCUUAUCACCCUCAGUCGAAUGGCUUGGUCGAACGUUUUCACCGAACCCUGAAGUCCGCGCUCACUGCACACGAAUCAACGCAGUGGUCAACGAAGUUGCCGAUCGUCCUCCUUGCACUACGCAACACAGUGAAAGCCGGUUUCGAACACACUCCGGCCGAGUUGAUCUACGGCGCGACACUUCGACUUCCCGGCGAAAUGUUUCACGCUGCGGCCGCGGAACCUCCACCGCCCGAACUGGUAGCAACGCUCCGCAACUACAUGGCUGAGUUACGUUUCACUCCAGGUACUGUAAUGAUAUGA